CUCCACUAAGCAACGCGCCAAGGAGACCAUCUUUGAAAGUGACACACUGGAAUUAAUUAAUCUAAGAAAAUUCUCUCACAGUACAGUACACUGCUGCCACUAGUGUCCAAUCAACGUUCCACGAUGUACUGCUCUCCCUACUGCUAUAUCAGCUGAAUGAAAGUCCAGCCUAUCCUACUGUACUACUCAAUCUCUCUCUAAAGAAAUAUCAGUUUCAUACUUCAGUAGAUAAAUGAAGUGUCAAGUGAGUCUCCAUGCAUGUGGGAUGAGAUGAGAGUGAUCUGCAACAAGAACAACCAAAUGGGAGCUGAGCUUUUUGCUAAGAAGUUGUUUGUUUUACAUGUCAUUUGUGCCCUUAACUUGACCUUCUUCACAACCCUCAUAUUCGCAGUCACACCCAGACUCCACACGGACGAAGUAGGGGCAUUGAGGGAUAUUGGGAGAAGAUUGGGGAAGAGGGAUUGGGAUUUUGGGAAGGAUCCAUGCAGUGGGAAAGGGAAUUGGAGUGUUCCAAUCACAAGGAAGGGCUUGGAGAGCUCUGUGACCUGCGAUUGUUCUUUCGACCACAACACCACUUGUCACGUCGUCAGCAUAGCUCUGAAAGCACAAAAUUUUUCGGGAGGUGUUCCACCAGAGUUUGCCAGGCUUCGCCACCUUGAAAGAUUGGACCUAAGUCGCAACUACCUCAAUGGUUCUAUACCACCCCAAUGGGCUACCAUGCGCUUGGUUGAGCUCUCUUUCAUGGGAAACCGAUUAUCCGGUCCAUUUCCAAAAGUUCUCACCCGCAUCACCACCCUCACAAACUUGAGCAUUGAAGGAAACAACUUUUCUGGACCAAUUCCACCAGAAAUUGGAAAGUUGGUUAACUUACAAAAGCUGGUUCUAUCGUCAAAUGAUUUCACUGGAAAAUUGCCAGCAGAAUUUGCCAUGCUGACCAACUUGAAUGAUAUGAGGAUAAGUGACAAUAGAUUCAGUGGAAAGAUACCUGAUUUCAUUGGCAAUUGGACACUGAUUGAGAAACUGCACAUGCAAGGUUGCUCUCUGGAGGGGCCCAUUCCUUCCAGCAUAUCUGUCUUGACAAGCCUAAGCGAUCUGAGGAUUAGUGACUUAAAAGGUAGAGGAUCUAGUUUUCCGCCACUCAGUGAUAUGGAAUCUAUGAAGACACUGACACUGCGGAAAUGCUUAAUCUAUGGAGGAAUCCCUGGAUAUAUUGGGGAUAUGACCAAAUUGAAAAAUCUAGACCUCAGUUUUAAUAACUUGACUGGUGAGAUUCCAACAUCGUUCAUCCAACUAGCAAAAGUAGGUUUCAUGUUUUUGACAGGAAACAAGCUUACUGGACCCAUACCUGACUGGAUCCUAUCAACAAACAAGAAUGUAGAUAUUUCAUAUAAUAACUUUACUUUGGAAAGCUCGACUCCAGUUGAGUGUCCUCGAGGGAGUGUAAACUUGGUAGAGAGCUACUCGUCAUCAGCAGAUAAAUUGAGUAGAAUUCAUCCAUGCCUAAAGCAAAACUUUCCAUGUUCUGCUUUGCGUAAUCAGCGUCACUAUUCCUUGCACAUUAAUUGCGGUGGAGAGGACAUAGUUAUCAAUAAUGACACCAAGUAUGAAGCUGAUUUAGAAGCCAGAGGUGCUUCUACGUUUUACUCUGGACAGAAUUGGGCAUUUAGCAGCACUGGAAACUUCUUGGACAAUGAUAUUGAUGCUGAUGUCUAUAUUGAUACCAACAUGUCUGCUCUGUAUAAUGUCUCUAGGCCUGAUUCAGAAUUGUACACAACAGCGCGUGUGUCUCCCCUCUCUCUCACCUACUAUGGGCUUUGUCUUAUGAAUGGGAAUUACAGCAUCAAACUCCAUUUUGCGGAGAUUGUUUUCACGAAUUACAGCUCUUUUAACAGCCUUGGGAAGCGUAUAUUUGAUGUCUACAUCCAGGGAAAGUUGGUGCUGAAGGAUUUUAAUAUUGCAAACGAGGCUGGUGGGCUUGCUAAGCCCCUUGUAAAGACUUUCACUGCCCUUGUUACACGCAACACCUUGAAGGUCCACUUUUAUUGGGCUGGAAGAGGGACAACAGGCAUUCCAAUAAGAGGAGUUUAUGGUCCUCUUAUAUCAGCUAUAUCAGUGGAUCCUAGUAAGCUAUUCUGGUCCUCAAAUCUUCUGGAGUUAAACAAAAUGGAUCCUAUCGUAGACAAUGGUUUUCUGGGAUAUGAUAAGGAUCGCAUUAGGGGACCCUUUGUCAAUGGACCGAUUAGAUCUGUUAUUUGA